AUGCAUGCAGUUAUUGAUAGACAGAAAAAUCAUGGUAUGCAUUUCCGUGUACUAGCUAAAGCAUUACGUAUGUCUGGUGGAGAUCAUAUUCACGCCGGUACAGUAGUAGGUAAACUGGAAGGGGAACUUUGGCGGAGGAACUUUAGGACACCCUUGGGAAAUGCACCUGGUGCAGUAGCUAAUAGGGUGGCUUUAGAGGCGUGUGUACAAGCUCGUAAUGAGGGACGUGAUCUUGCUCGUGAAGGUAAUGAAAUUAUCCGUGAAGCUAGCAAAUGGAGCCCUGAACUAGCCGCUGCUUGUGAAUGUGGAUAUCAUUUGAAAAUGAGUAGUUCAGAUAGAAUUGAACUUUCGAUUGAUCCCGGAACUUGGGAUCCUCUGGAUAAAGAUAUGAUAUCUAUAGACCCCAUUGAUUUUCGUUCAAAAGAGGAACCUUAUGGAGAUCGUAUCGAUUCUUAUCAAAGAAGGACAGGUUUAGCUGAUGCUAUUCAAACAGGCAUAGGUCAAAUAAAUGGUAUUCCCGUAGCAAUUGGCGUUAUGGAUUUUCAGUUUAUGGGAGGUAGUAUGGGAUCCGUAGUAGGCGAGAAAAUUACUCGUUUGAUCGAGUAUGCUACUAAUCGAUCUCUACCUGUCAUUAUUGUGUGUGCUUCUGGAGGAGCACGCAUGCAAGAAGGAAGUUUGAGCUUGAUGCAAAUGGCUAAAAUAUCUUCUGCUUCAUCUAAUUAUCAAUCAGAUAAAAAGUUAUUCUAUGUAUCAAUUCUUACAUCUCCUACAACUGGUGGAGUAACAGCCAGUUUUGGUAUGUUGGGGGAUAUCAUUAUUGCUGAACCUAACGCCUACAUUGCAUUUGCGGGUAAAAGAGUAAUUGAACAAACAUUAAAAAAGGUAAUACCUGAAGGUUCACAAGUGUCUGAGUAUUUAUUCCAUAAAGGUUUAUUCGACCCAAUAGUACCACGUAAUCUUUUAAAAGGUGUUCUGGGUGAGUUAUUUCAGCUCCACGGUUUCUUUCCCUUGAAUCCAAGUUCAAAAAUGUAA